AGUAAAAUCGCCAGCAGAUAUCAAAGCCAGUGGGCUGCAGUGAGAAGCUGGGCUGCCAGUGGGCUGCAGUGAGAAGCUGGGCUGCCAGUGGGAUGCAGUGAGAAGCUGGGCUGCCAGUGGGCUGCAGUGAGAAGCUGGGCUCAACCUGAGCAGAGAGGAGCCUGAGGAUGACACACCCCUUUGACAGACCAGCCACCUAAGAUCCUGUUUCCGUCAGAAAACAAAAUGAGCGUGAUGGAGAUGCAGAUUGGGGGGCCCAUCAACCUGACCUGCCGAGCCUUCUUUGGCUACAGCGGAGACGUCAGCCCUCUGAUCUACUGGAUGAAGGGGGAGAAGUUCAUCGAGGACCUUGACGAGAGCCGAGUGCAGGAGAGUGACAUCAAAGUCAUCAGGGAACAUCUGGGAGAACAGGAGGUGUCAAUCUCCCUAACGAUAGAUUCUGUAGAGGAGGGGGACCUGGGGAAUUACUCCUGCUACGUGGAAAACGGAAACGGCAGGCGUCAGGCCAGCAUCCAGCUCACCAAGCGGGCAGAGUUAAUGUACACGGUGGAGCUGGCGGGAGGACUGGGAGCUAUCCUACUGCUGCUGGUCUUCCUGGUCACGCUUUACAAGUGCUACAAGAUCGAGCUCAUGCUCUUCUACAGGAACCACUUCGGCAGCGACGAUGUGGAUGGAGAAAAUAAGGACUAUGAUGCAUAUCUGUCCUACACCAAAGUGGACCCAGACCAGUGGAAUCAGGAAACCCGGGAGGAGGAACGAUUCGCCCUGGAGAUUCUUCCAGAGGUCCUUGAAAAGCAUUAUGGGUAUAAACUCUUCAUUCCAGACAGGGACUUGAUCCCAACUGGAAGUUACUCCAAUGAUCAUUUCCAGGAUGAUACAGGACUUCUUAGAGCGUACAUCGAGGACGUGGCGCGCUGCGUGGACCAGAGCAAGCGGCUCAUCAUCGUCAUGACGCCCAACUACGUGGUCCGGCGCGGCUGGAGCAUCUUCGAGCUGGAGACGCGCCUGAGGAACAUGCUGGCGACGGGCGAGAUCAAGGUGAUCCUCAUCGAGUGCGCCGAGCUGCGCGGCAUCAUGAACUACCAGGAGGUGGAGGCCCUCAAACACACCAUCAAGGCGCUCUCCGUCAUCAAGUGGCGUGGUCCACAGAGCAGCAAGCUCAGCUCCAAGUUCUGGAAACACUUGCAGUACGAGAUGCCCUUCAAGCGCCCGGAGCCCAUCGCCGCCCACGAGCAGGUCCUGGAUGUCAGCGAGCCGGGCCCCUUCGGCGAGCUCCAGACGGUCUCCGCCAUCUCCAUGGCGGCCGCCACCUCCACCGCCAUGGCGACGGCGCACCCCGACCUGCGCUCCACCUUCCACAACAGCUACCACACCCAGAUGCGGCAGAAACAUUACUACCGCAGCUACGAGUACGACAUCCCACCCACUGCCACCCUGGGCAACCAACACACCUACUGCAACAUCCCCAUGACUCUGCUGAAUGGGCAGCGGCCACAGGCCAAGUCCCCCCGUGAGCACGGCUUGGAGGAGACGCACGCCAACAACGCCAUGCUCCCGCUGUUAUCCCGAGAGACCAGCAUAUCCAGCGUCAUCUGGUGAUGGCGCCGGUGACACAGGAAUCUGUUCUGCGUGAGGCGGCUUGCACGGCACGGAUCUCUGUGCGGUGCUUCGCGGUGCCUGGACCCUGAUCGCCGCUGCUGCUGCUGCUGAACUAAAUCACUGAUAGACGGGAAAAUCCGGGCAGGGAAGUGACUGGAAAACUGAAGGAUAUUCAUACAAACAGAAACUGCCUAUUAAACCCCCCCAUGUGCUGAUACAUGCACACUUACCAGGAAAACAGGGUCGUGUACAUAUAUUUCUUUGUAGCAUCAAUGUCUUCCUGUUUUUUUUUUUCGUUUUUUUUUUGUUUUGUUUGUUUUUUUUUCGUUUUUUUGGUUACCAAUAAUACCUUUUUUUUUUAUUCAGUAUCCGAUGUUUCCAGUUCGUUUCUGCUUCAGUUUUGUUUUUAAUUUGAAUAUAAAUUCAGAAAGUCUGUAUGGUAAUUAGACUGGAUUGCUGUAUUUUGUAUCUUGACUUUGUGUAGUUUAAGACUUUUUUAACACUUUCUCGGGCUUGUCUGGAGGUACCGAUGUUUGAUUCAAAGGAGCGAUGUCAUUUCUCCUUUUUUUUGUUGGCCUGUGUAAGGUAUGUAUAUUGACACUUAAAAAUAGAUUAUGCAAAAGGUAUAGAAGGUUGACAGUAGUCUUUUCUCCUGAGCGAAAGGACUAGCUGGAGUGAAUGGAGGAGCUGUAAUUCACUAUCGCUGUGUCCCAGCAAUGGCUCCGUCAAUCUCAAUAUAUUUUUUCUGUUAGACAGCAGCCUUGCUGUUUAGCUUGAUAGUGAAAUGUCUCACCAUAAAAAAAAAAAACUGUAAAUUAUUUUAAAAGAAAAGAAGUAUAUUUUUAUAAUGGAAGAAUUGUUUGGAAAGUCAUCUUUACUCACCUAUCAUUGCACAUGAGUGAAUGAAUGAAAAAUAACAUAAAGGUGUAGAUCUGGAAGCUUGGCUCACAGAUCUGCUGCUGCGGUGCACUGAAGCCAACAGAAGGUCAUGAUUUCUGCUAAAUUAAAUUACACAUGUUCCAAUGUUUCAGUCAAGUUCUCGAAAUAUUAUUUUAAAGCCUAAGAGUUAUUUUUCACAAAUUAAAUCAGAAUUUGGGACAGAAAUACAUAACUUUGUGUUUGGUAGUUUCCUUUUGUUCCCCACCUUUGAAGGCGUCGUUAUAUAUGAUUGACAUUUGGAGAGAAUAUCUUAGAAAAAGCUUAGUUUUCUCCAUUAUUUCUCACUGGACAUUAAAAUCCUUGACCUCUC